AUGGGAGGAACAAGUCUGCCUGCCAUACACGCCAGACCGGCUGCUGUACUUGAGCAGGAGAGGAGGAGGGGAGGACUGCCGGAGACACUUCCACCGCAGGAGGCGUUCCUGAGAAGCCUCCUCGACAGCAAGUUUGCUGAGCUGCGAUCGAUCGAAGAGUCCAAUCGAGCGAUGCAACAGCAGCUGAGGAGGAGGAAGGAACAGGUUGUGUUCAGUGGACCCCCCGAUGGCAGGGGGAAGGAACCAGUACGAGGGAGCGAGAUCGCGGGAGGCGAGCGUGUCCGGCAGCAGCCAAGACUGGCAGUCAGGCCGCCUGCUGCCUCGAAACUUGAGGCGCUUUUAGAGAGUACGAUUGCCAUGCAGAAGAUGUUUCUGAAGCACAUGGAAACGGACGACUCGCAGAGUGAGGGAGGAGUGAAGACAUCGAGGAGCUUCGAGCGAGCAGCGAGCAGAGAUGACGGGGGGAAGGCGAGCAGGGAGGAGAAGACGAUCGUGACAGGAGCAGAGAAGAGAAGGGUCGUCGAGCCGCCGAGGAGACGUUCGAGCGCUGUGAACAAAUGGCGGGAGGAUGGACAGGAGGAUCAGGAUGAAUACGACCGCCAGUUCCUGAAGAAUCUGAAAGAAGUUACGGACAAGUUUGUAUCGGCCGGGAAGGAGACUCGUCAGAUAUCUGAAGAAGCUGCGAACAAUGUCAACGCUGAAGCCUCAAGACUGGAUAGAACAGAACACGAGGAGGAGGAGGAGGAGGUUGAGGGCCAAGACGAGCUCGAUGAAGACAAGAUCACGGGCGACGAGGUUCAGACGUAUCAAGAAGUUUGCAGAUCGUGGAUGA